GGCCGGGCGUGUCAAUGCAGCCUCCGCCACUGAUGGGGGAGGUGGAGCUGGGCCCUGUGGGCCCGCUGGAGCCCCCGGAGGCGCCCGAAGUGCUUGUGAGCCGCCGGCCGGGAGGAAUCCGGGUCCUGAAGAGAAAUAUGAAACGCAAUGGGAGCAGAAAUUGUUUGAAUAGGAGAAGCAGGUUUGGUUCUCGAGAAAGAGAUUGGCUGAGAGAAGAUGUGAAGAGAGGCUGUGUGUACCUUUAUGGAGCAGAAACAAACACUGCCACUACAACCGCCACCACCUCCCUCUCCUCUGACUUACAUCUCGUCCUUUGCACAGUGGAGACACCAGCAUCUGAAAUAUGUGCUGGAGAGGGAAGGGAAAGCCUUUAUUUACAGCUUCAUGGAGACUUGGUCAGGAGACUGGAACCUAGUGAACGACCUCUUCAGAUGGUUUAUGAUUAUUUAUCCAGGCUGGGCUUUGAUGAUCCUGUGCGCAUACAGGAGGAGGCAACAAAUCCUGACCUUGGCUGUAUGAUUCGAUUUUAUGGUGAAAAACCAUGCCAGAUGGAUCAUCUGGACCGAAUCCUUCUGUCUGGCAUCUAUAAUGUACGCAAGGGAAAGACUCAGCUGCAUAAGUGGGCUGAACGCCUGGUUGUUCUCUGUGGCACCUGCCUCAUUGUUUCCUCAGUGAAGGAUUGUCAAACUGGAAAGAUGCACAUUUUGCCUCUGGUUGGGGGAAAGGUAGAAGAAGUGAAGCGACGGCAGUACUCGCUUGCAUUCAGCUCAGCUGGAGCCCAAGCUCAGACCUGUCAUGUCAGCUUUGAGACUUUGGCCGAGUGCCAGAGGUGGCAACGGCAAGCAUCCAAGGUGGUGUCCCAGCGAAUCAGUACAGUUGAUCUCUCGUGUUACAGCCUUGAGGAGGUUCCUGAGCAUCUCUUCUACAGUCAAGAUAUCACCUACCUCAACUUGCGACACAACUUUAUGCAACUAGAAAGACCAGGCGGCCUUGACUCUCUCUACAAAUUUUCUCAGCUGAAGGGCCUGAACUUGUCCCAUAAUAAACUUGGGUUGUUUCCUACAUUGCUAUGUGAGAUCUGUACCCUAACUGAGCUCAACCUUUCCUGUAAUGGAAUUCACCACCUGCCGAGUCAGAUUGGCAAUCUGCUAAAUCUUCAAAUCCUCUGUCUUGAUGGCAACUUUCUAACUACUUUACCUGAAGAAUUGGGAAAUCUGCAGCAGCUUUGCUCCCUGGGAAUUUCCUUCAACCACUUUAGUCAAAUUCCUGAGGUUUAUGUGAAGCUCACUACCUUAGAAAAAGUGGUUAUGGCAGGAAAUCGACUAGAAGUCCUAAACCUAGGGGUGCUGAACAGGAUGAGCCAUAUCAAACAUGUAGAUUUAAGGAUGAACCGUUUGAAGACCGUGAUUAUUGAAAAUUUGGAGGGCAAUAAAUACAUCACCCACAUGGAUUUGCGAGACAAUAAACUGACUGACUUAGAUCUUAGCUCCUUAUGUAGUUUGGAGCAGCUGCAUUGCGAGCGGAACCAACUGAGAGAGCUAACACUCAGUGGCUUCUCCCUUCGAACUCUCUAUGCCAACUCGAACAGGCUGACAGUAGUGAAUGUUUAUCCAGUACCCAGUCUGCUCACUUCCCUGGAGCUCUCCCGAAACCUGCUAGAGUGUGUCCCUGACUGGGCCUGUGAAGCAAAGAAGAUAGAAAUAUUAGAUGUCAGCUAUAAUCUCCUCACAGAGGUUUCCAUGAGAAUUCUGAGUAGCUUGAGUCUUAGAAAACUGAUGGUGGGACACAACCAUGUGCAAAACCUUCCUGUGCUGAUGGAGCACAUCCCCCUUGAGGUGUUGGACAUUCAGCAUAACUUACUCACCAGGCUGCCAGAUACCCUUUUCUCCAAGGCCUUAAAUCUCAGGUACUUGAAUGCAUCUGCAAAUAGACUGGAGUCUUUACCAUCUGCUUGCACUGGGGAGGAGAGUCUGAGUAUGCUGCAGCUGCUUUACCUGACCAGCAAUCUCCUGACAGAUGAGUGUAUACCUGUGCUGGUGGGGCAUCCCCACCUGCGAAUCUUGCAUCUUGCAAACAAUCAGCUACAGACCUUUCCAGCAAGCAAACUCAAUAAAUUGGAGCAACUGGAAGAAUUGAACCUAAGUGGCAACAAGCUAAAAACCAUUCCCACAACCAUAGCAAACUGCAAAAGGCUGCACACCCUUGUUGCACACUCCAACAACAUCAACAUUUUCCCAGAAAUACUGCAGUUGCCUCAGAUCCAGUUUGUAGAUCUAAGUUGCAAUGACUUAACAGAAAUCCUGAUUCCAGAGGCUCUGCCUGCUACAUUACAAGAUCUUGAUCUGACUGGAAAUACAAAUCUGGUUCUAGAACACAAGACCCUGGACAUAUUUAGCCAUAUCACAACUCUGAAAAUUGAUCAGAAACCUUUGCCAACCACUGAUUCUACAGUCACAUCAACCUUCUGGAGCCAUGGACUGGCUGAGAUGGCAGGGCAGAGAAAUAAGCUUUGUAUAUCUGCCCUAGCUGUGGAUAACUUUGCAGAGGGGGUGGGAGCUGUGUAUGGCAUGUUUGAUGGGGACCGAAAUGAGGAGCUCCCUCGCUUACUGCAGUGUACAAUGGCAGAUGUGCUUUUGGAAGAGGUACAGCAGUCAACAAAUGACACAGUUUUCAUGACUAACACCUUCUUGGUAUCUCACAGAAAAUUAGGAAUGGCUGGCCAGAAGCUGGGCUCCUCUGCUCUCCUCUGUUAUAUCCGACCUGACACUGCCGAUCCAAUGAGUAGUUUUAGCUUGACUGUGGCCAAUGUUGGUACCUGCCAAGCAGUCCUGUGCAGAAGUGGAAAACCAGUGUCCCUCUCUAGAGUCUUCAGCCUGGAACAGGACCCAGAGGAGGCACAAAGGGUCAAGGACCAAAAAGCCAUCAUAACAGAGGACAACAAAGUGAAUGGGGUAACCUGCUGUACCCGGAUGCUGGGCUGUACAUACCUCUACCCUUGGAUCCUCCCCCAGCCCCACAUAUCUUCCACUCCACUUACUAUUCAGGAUGAGUUGCUGAUUCUGGGGAACAAAGCAUUGUGGGAACACUUGUCAUAUACAGAAGCUGUUAAUGCAGUGCAUCAUGUACAAGACCCAUUAACAGCUGCCAAGAAGCUGUGCACUUUAGCACAGAGCUAUGGUUGUCAGGACAAUGUGGGGGCCAUGGUGGUUUAUUUGAACAUUGGUGAGGAAGGUUGCACUUGUGAAGUGAAUGGGCUUACCCUUCCAGGUCCUGUGGGAUUUGUUUCAACCAUCAAGGACCACCCCAAGCCAACCACUCCUUCCUCUAGUAGUGGUAUUGCCUCUGAGUUCAGCAGUGAAAUGUCCACCUCAGAGGUGAGCAGUGAAGUGGGAUCCACAGCUUCUGAUGAACACAACACUGUUGGCCUGGAUACUGGCUUGCUUCCAAGGCCAGAGAGGCGCUGCAGCCUUCAUCCAACACCCACCUCUGGGGUUUUUCAGCGCCAGCCUUCUUGUGCGACUUUCUCAAGUAAUCAGUCUGACAACGGCCUGGACAGUGAUGAUGAUCAGCCCGUUGAAGGGGUCAUAACAAAUGGCAGCAAGGUAGAAGUAGAAGUAGAUAUUCAUUGCUGUAGAGGAAGAGAUCUUGAGAACUCUCCCACUUUUAUAGAGAGUUCUCCUACCCUGUGUCCUGAGGAACAUGCUAGAGGCUUGUUUUUUGGGAUCCGAAGACAGAACAGUGUGAAUAGUGGCAUACUCCUGCCAGUGAGCAAGGACAAGAUGGAAUUGCAGAAGUCACCCUCUACUUCCUGUCUCUAUGGAAAGAAACUCUCCAAUGGCUCUAUUGUGCCCCUAGAAGAUAGCCUGAAUCUCAUUGAAGUGGCCACAGAAGCCCCCAAGAAGAAAACUGGCUAUUUUGCUGCCCCAACUCAGCUGGAGCCAGAGGAUCAGUUCGUUGUACCUCGGGAUCUGGAAGAAGAAGUGAAGGAGCAAAUGAAACAGCACCAGGAAAGCAGGCCCGAACACGAGCCCAGUGAACAAGAUCGGACUGAGGUCCCGGAGGAGUUUGACACAGCACUAUAAUUCACCCCCAGAAGCCACACUUUUAGAGAGGGCUGUGUCAGUGUUGGUGUAGGGACUAUUCCAGAGGCAUUAUGCCACUGUGUUUCUAAAACAUAGAUGAGUGGGGUAGAACUCAGAGCCAAAAAAGGUGAGAGCCAUCAGGGUCUUGCUCUGGUUAAGCUAGUAGCUACUAUCAGUGUUAAGUUUCACAUUUAACCUGUAUUGGAAUUCCCAGAAUUGUUGGGAAGAAAGCAGAUGUUGUUCUGUAUCAGUCCUACCACCUGCCAUUAACCCUUUCUCUCCUAGGAUACUUUUGAGAAUUUGCCUGCCUGGGCAGGAAAGGGACUAUUUCUGUGGAAGAAAUUUCUGAAGAUUGAUUCCCGUUACUAAUUGCUGCUGAUGGAUCUCUGUGACAGAGAAAUCACCUUAUAUCUCAACCUAACUGAUGGAAUGUGAUGUGACUAGUCACAUGGCUUUUCAUUCUUCUCUACGAGAAUACAGCCUAUCAAAAUGACAUUUAUUGGAAAUGUAGAACCAAUCGGAUAAUUUAUGUAUGUAAUGUAAUGAGAGCACUUUUCAUUGACUGUGAACUUUUUACUUUUGAAUCUGCAUUCGAGCCAAUCUUCUUAGAGGCAGCCUGGCACCUUUGUCCAUAGGAAGAGAGAUAACCGGGUGUUGGAGACUUCUAUGAGGGUACUAGAAAGGGCCAUGGGAAAUUGAUUGCCCAGCAGAUCACAAGAGAGGAAUUUGGGGAUUGGCCUCUUUCCAUCACGUAUGAUACAGUUGGCAGUCAGUCUCUUAAGACGUAGGGCCAAGGCUGACACUUCUUGUGUCCAAGUAAUCUUGAGGCACAGCAGAUAACAGACAGAGGCUGAGUGAGAACAGAUGAUGGAUGAAUGGAGCUCAUGUGUUAGACGUGUUCCGUCUCAUUCUAGAGCAGAGGGAUGGUUUUCUAAAAUACCAGAAGUGAGUUGAGAAUUCACCUCUUUAAUGUUCAGCAGAGUACUCUUAUGAAAACUGCUUAUCUACCUUACGUGGUUUCAGAGUACUGGGCUCAGUUACCAAGAAAGACUCUUAAUUGAGAAAUUCCUAAACUUAAGAAAACUUGGUGUACUGUGUUUUUUUGGCACAUUCCACGUAAUCCUAGCAAAAAUGUAUUUCCUUGCAUAUUUCUGUUCUGUUGCCUUUUCCGUUAGAUUUACUUAGGAAAAUUAAUCCUACUUAUAUUCAUACAAAAUUUUGACAUUGCUUGAUUUUACCAGGUGGGGAAUGUGCUUUGAAUUUUUUGGAAUAGUUUCACAAUUAAAGAGAAAAUAGAGUGGAACCUCUUUUAAUUUGUUUCAUUAGAAACAAAAUGUUAAAAGAUAGGGGUGGUAUAUAUAGUCCUUUGUGUUUUUUUAAGUUUUUGUUUAAAGCAAUAGUAGAAAACCAGAUGACCCAUCCACAAAUGGAUGUGCAGUCUUCAUCUGCCUCCAGGCUCCAUGCCUGUGGGUGAGUCAGUGGAGUAUGCUCUUGAGGGAUUCUGUACCCCUCAAAUCGCCCUCAAAAUCGGAAUGAGUCCUUGAAUUGUCAGGAACACUUGAUUUUCCUGUGUCAAACUACUGGUCAGCUAUUGAAAGAUUUUAGAACUCAGGUCUUUGAUUUGAAGGAGGGAACAUGGGGGGAAGAGGGGGUUUCAUGUGAAGUUUAGGUGCUGUUAGAGAGAUGGGAACAAUAGUGUUGUCACCUUAUUUUUAUAUGGGGAAAAAAUGGAGGAAAAAAACUCAAGAUGGUAGUGAUGGCUGAUGUAAAACAUCUUCCUACCCAGACAGAAGAAACUUCGGGUUAUAGGAUAGUGAUGCUAUCUAGAAGUGAAGGUUAUUUGGGGAAAAUACCACUUUAAUAAUAUAGUCUUAUAAAAAUUGUUGUUUGUCUGUGAAUUCUUUUCUUGUCUUCUCUUUGUUUCCCACCUUGCUUAUUGGAACCACCAUAAAACCCAGUUCUGAAAUGGAACCACCAUAAAACCCAGUUCUGAAAUGAGCUUACCAGAUGUAAAUGUAUUUACUUUUUAGUCAGCAGAACUCUGAAAUCAAAAAUGUUCUUUUAUGUGGUAAAAGGUUAUUUUUAGGAAAUAUUAGGUCGUAUUGAUGAAAACCUUUAAUAUACAUAAUACCAAAACUGAUUAUUCUUCUUUAACCUCUUUUAAUUCAUUUCCUUCUACAUUUGCUCUGUAUUAAAACAGAGGGUAAAAAGGUCAUAGCCCAUUACCAAAAAUAAAAUACAGAAUUCUUGACCUAUGAAGUAAUUUACAGAAAUUGUGCUUUCUGAUUUUGUUAUCUGAUUAAGCUAUCUGAUAAAUUGGUGAAAUUCAGUAAACUGUCUCCAGGUGAAUGUAAUCUACUCUCCAGUACUUCACUGAGAUGACACGUUGCACAGUUGGGCAGAGUACAGUUGAUCUCUAGCCAGGGAUUCUGGCUUCUGCAUGAUUCUAAGGUCUCUAUGAGUACCCCCUACUUAAUAGAGAAUUUUAACCGAAUUUCUGAAAGAACACUCCUAAUCAUGGGAAGAGUUCAUGUGUCCCAUGGACAAGAAAAUACACGAGUAUUGGCAGACAUGGUAUUCUUACUUUUAUCCAAAUAAAUUGGAAAUAUAUUUGAAAAUUUGAAUAUUGAUAGGCAUAAAGCUACAGGGCUUUAUUAUACUACUGUAGAGUGUAUGUGUGCAAUACGUUGGUGAAUUCAUUUUCCUGAUGUAUACAAGAGCCGACAGGAGCAGCCUGGUAAUCAUUGGGUGCUAUUAAAAUUGUAGUGAGUGCUAUUUUCCAGGAGAUGGAGCCAGUUAGGUUUGGCCGAUCUACUGAAUAUUAAAUGAUGCUCUUCUUUCCAUGUAGACCUUCAGCAAAAGCAGGUACUUGGAAGCCACAAGCUCACCUUCUCUGUCUGUUCAAUAGUUAUUAAUGAAGAGACCUCCAUAAGGGAGCACUUAGCUGUUAUUGGUAAAUGUACCAAUUAUUAAAUAAUUAGUCUCCAAGCCAUUCAGUGAUGUCUGCAGCAUCACUAUAGAACUGUCUUGUGUCACUUUUACUUCCCUCUGAGUGGAGCCUUUCAGACUCCCCGAUAUGGAGGCAAGUUAAUCUUUCUCUCCAGUUAGUGAUUUUUGCCCCAUAGUUGGGUAAGCACUUCCUAGAUUGAAAAAACAGCUACGGUAAAUCCUGCUGUUUCCCUCAUUUUGUGAUCAUUCUAUCACAUAUAAGCUCCUUGUAUUCUGAAUUUCAUGCACUUCUCCCAGAUGCUAUAGGGUUUUUUCUCACUGUUGCUUAUGGAUGUCAUUCAGACAGUGGGUUCAUAUUUUAUGGUUUUGUGCAAUCAUUGUCGUAUUGUAGUCCUAAGACUCAUUAUAGUGUAUUUUUGAUAUUUUUGAAAUGUGUUAAAUUUUUUAAUUCAAUAAUAUGAGCCAGAGCAUGUUGCAGCGAAUCUAUUGUUUGUAAAAAAAAAAUAAUAAUAAUAAAAUAAAAUGGAAUAUCUUUUUCAUGACUUCGUUUUAAAAUGGAGUACUUGUUAUUUUACAAAUAUGCAUGACACCAACUUUUCUCUCCUAACUUGUAUGUAGAAUUAGUUUCUUAAUCAAAAGCUCCUUAAUGAGCUUUCUGCUUUUUCAUGCUUUAGGGAAGAUAAGCAAGAACAAACAAAUGAAACCAUUCUGUGAUGCUUUAUGAAGCAGUGAGUUAAGGCAAGAAUAAAUAUUUUUGAUCACCUUUUCAGUUGAAAUAGCACUAAAGUUUUUAAGAAACAUUAUAUUCUGACUUUAUGUUUCAAGAAAUCUCAAAGACAGGAAACAGUCCUUAUUUACAUGCCUGUUACUAGAUGACUAGAGGAAACUGAAUUGUGAACAGUCUACCCCUAACGGCAACACAGAAGAGCUAAUUGGAUAAUCUGGCCAUUACGCUUUUCAUAAGGUAAUAUAGCUUUGGUGUUAGAACUUCAGACAUGGUGGUGGGCAUUGGCUAACAAAGUACUUAUAAUCCUGUUAAGCCAAACUGUCCAUUGGUUGUCUCCCAUAAUCUCUGGACUUCCCAGCAAGAUUUUCUUACCUUUCACUUCAAAUUAGAGCUGAGGUUUCCUCUUUUUCUGGGAGAACAAACAUUUUAAAAACUUGGUUCAACAGCUGUUUAUUGAGCACUUUAAAUGUGCUGGGCACUAUGCCACCACCCCCUUUAAAACCUCAGAUCUGUGAGACAUAUCUCCCAAUUCCAGGGUGCCAGAAAUGAGGUUCUCUGAAUGUGCUGGUCUUUGCUUCAUGUAAUACUAAUUCCGUGAUAAACCAAAGGUCAAGAGUAGGUUAAUCAUGCAGAAAAAAUUCCAGUGUGUGAUUCAAUUCCUAAAUCCUGCCUCUGCUACUUAAGAUUUGUGACUUUAGGCAGUUUAUUUAAUCUCUAUGUAAACGCUCAGUUUCUUUCAUUUGCUAAAUGGAAAUAAUGGUAUCUUCAGUUAAUUGUGACCUUAAAUGAGAUAAUACAAGCAAAGUGCUUCCUUAGCACAAUACUGUACCCUUCACACAGCGAGCACUCGAAAUGUUAACUAUUGGGUAAGCCACUUGGUUUCCUCAUCUGUAAAAUAUGUAUGAAUAAUAUAUCUUGACCUGCCUCCCUCACAAGUGGUAGUAAGACAAGGUUUGCUAAAACAUCUUGAACGUUAGGAAACUGUACAAGCAUGGGGCAUGUUAUUAUAGUGUCAAUGGGCUGCAUUUCCUUAAGAGGAGCUAAAGCG